CACAGCCCAAUUCUACCGUGGACCUUGUGGAUAAGUGGUUUUCGGUGCACCACUUUGAUGAAUCGUUUGAUUCAUCUCAUCUCACAGUGAAUCUUCUUCUCCCAUUCCCAUAAGAAGUGCUGGUGUGAGCCUGUUGUCGUGGCCGGUGCCGCCGCCGCCGUAUCGAAACCUUAAUUUCAACAACACCAAUACUCUCUCAUAUGGCAAUCCGAAACAUCAGCAGCAACAAUCUCAGGUUCUUCUCAAUUCCUCAUUCUGCUUGUUCUACCUUUCUUUUCUCUCACUUCUUCUCAAACACCACACCCUUUUUUUCACCUCCCCACUUGUCAAGUUCUUUGCUUUUCUCAACCCCCAAACACCCUUUUGCGUCUUCUUCCACUUUUCGCUCUAAUAUUCAUAAUGGUCACGCACACUUUCAUACCCGUAUGUCUUUUUGUACGUAUACUCCUUACUGGGGUAGACCCCAUGCUACUUCAGAGCAAUUUUAUCAGAUCAUUGCAUUGAUUCGUGAGGAUGUGGAUGAAUUGGGGUCCAAGUUGAAUAGUAUGAACGUGUCUUUGUCUGAUGCAUCAGUUGUUGACAUUUUUCAGAUAUUAGCAAGUGAGAAAGUGUCAGCAUUGCAGUUCUUUGAUUUUCUUAAAGGUUCUGAUCCUGAACUUUGUUGUGAUCCUGAUAUAGGUAGCUUGUUUAUUAAUAACUGUGGGUUGUUGGGGAAUUAUGAGGCAAUGGUUCCCGUUUUGAGUGGAUUUAGCCAUAGAAGAGUUUUUUUGGGAAUGAAGGCCUUUGGGUUUUUGCUUGAUUUAGGUUUGGACAAGGCUUCUAGUAUGGAGUGUGUGAGGAAAGUUAUGGCUGUGUUCAAUAAGGUUGGUGGGAUGUAUCAAAGUUGUGGUGUUCAGUUGUUGAUAGAGAUGUUUGGUCUUUCGGGUUCUUUUGAGAUAGCCGAGUUUGUGAUAAGAACGGCUGGGAGGAAGGUGAAGCAUUAUCAUGUCUUAAUGAGGAUAUUGUGCAAAAGUGGUGAUUGUAAAAGAGUUAGUGAUUUGGUUAAGGAGAUGAAGAGAAGUGGUUGUGAUAUGGAUGUAAGUACUUAUAAUUUGUUACUCAGUUGUCUAUGCAAGAAUGGUAAAAUUGAUGAAGCAUGGCAAUUGCUUGAAGCUAUGGAGAAAAACUAUGGUUUAACCAAUGCACAUAGCUUUGAUAUUCUCAUUAACUUUUUGUGUAAGCGCCGCCAGUUUGAUUCGGUUUUGAAGCUUCUUGAUAAAAUGUUUUUGAAGGGUAUUGAACCUAGUAUUUUAACUCAUGCGGCGAUAAUAAAGUCUUAUUUUGAAUCAGGAAAGUAUGAGGAAGCACAUGAGUAUGUGAUUGGUUCUGCUAAUAGGCUAAGCUAUUCCAGCAAUGCAAACUACGGCUUGCUUGCUACCCUUCAGUUGAAGAAUGGAAAUGUGCUGCUUGCCUGUAAGGUUCUUUCUGAGAUGAUGGACAAGGGUCUGAAACCUAAUUUUUCAGUGUACAAAAAGAUUAGGAAACAUCUGGAGAAGAAGGAUGAGAAAGAUUUGUCUUUGGAAUUAUUAAGAAGAUACUCGAGUUUGGUUGAAAAAUAAAGAAAGGUGCUAGAUUUUGUGCAAAAUGCUGUGAUGUUAUUCAGUGUUUGCUAAAUAGUCUCGCUUCCUACUGAUCGGUUCAGCAAAUGAUAUUUACUUCAAAUUUAUUCAUGAAUGCACUAUCCCACUUCAGGUAAUGGUUGCCACUACUGAGAAAAAAUUAUAUUGUGAUGAUCUUUAUGUUUUAAUGAUGACAAAAACUGACCUGGUUUGGUCAUGCAAGAAGAAUAGUAGAGGCUCCUCAGAUGAAUGAAGUGGAUGGAAUCAAAUGAAAGAUGGCUAAAAUGGAUAAAGGAAAACCAAAAAAAAAAAAAAACGAUGGAAAAAGCCCGCUAAAAAAGACCUUUGAAUUAUUUAAUUGAAAAUGAAGCCCCACGGAGUCCAUUGAAGUAAGCUUGGUUGUUGCUGUUAAGUGGGGAAAAGUGUAUGUCAACAAGGGCUAUGGAUCCCCCUCACUAUCCAAAACAACAAUUUUUCAUGCUAUUCUUUCUUUUUUUUAUAAUAGCAGAAAUAGUUAAGUUUGGCUCCCUUAAACAAAGUGUUAUCUGUUCCCGUUGGCCCCCUGAUGCAAACCUAUUUAGCUCUGCCCUUGGUUGUUGUUAUCUUCUUGAUAUUUUAGUGGUUUAUUGUCUUUUUUACAUUUAUUUCAAGUUUCCAACUUACCAAAAUAACAGUAAUAAUAAAAGGUGAAAACAAAAAUGAGAGUUUGAUAGCAAACCCAAUUUGUUGUGGCAGAAGUGAACUAGUCAAUAGGAAUUAUACAUCUAAUCCAUUGCAUCUCUCUAUCUUAUUUUUCUCCUUCUUUCUCUCUUUUACUAUUAUGCUUUUUGGUAACUUCACUUUCUGUCUUCCAAAUAUUGUAUGCUUUCUUUUGUAUAUUUUUUACUGUAAUGCUGAACCAGAUAGUUUGUUAUACUUGCCAGUUAUAGCAGAGUCCUUUGGGCUCAAAAUAUAGUAUUGUAUUGUAUUAUUUGAUCAGAACAUUUAAUGCUAUGAUUUAGGAGAAGGGGUGAGACUGAGAGAUGAUAACCAACACUGUAUAAGGCUAUAAGCAACUUGCUUUAGAAAUGAACCGUAUAUUUAAACAUUCACUCUUACACACUUCCAUAAUUUGGGUAUGAUCCUCAUGCUGCAACUCAAGCUUAUGGUGUAGGCUUUUCCCCACAAUCCCUCACGAUUUGGUAUCCCCAGGUCAUGGUGCCUACAAAGUUGGCCGCCAUAAGCUUGUUAUGGGUGUUCCUAUUUUUUCUAGCAUUCUGUUUGCAACGUAUUGCUCGAUUUAAAUCUUAAUUAUUUUGGUAACAAUUUAAAUAACUGAUUUUGCUAGAAUUUGAUUUGUUACACAGUUUUUCUUU